CGUGCAUUCGUUUUCGUCUUACCGCGUCGUUAAGAAACACUAUAAUCACAAUCACAUUGGAAUCAAUUCCAAUGCAAUCGCUCUUUCCCUGAUUCUGAAUUCAAUUCAAUUCAAAUCCCUUUCUUCAAUUCACAGUCACUUUGAUUCGCAAGAAACUGGUUUCGAUGGUGCAAGCUCGGAGUCCGCAGCGUGGAGAUUCAACUACAACACCCUUAGUUGCACAGGAAGAUGGUUUGGCAAAUGAUGGGCUUAUUCCUCAAAUAUUUUCAUCAGUGCCAGCUCUAAGUGAAGCUGCUUCUUAUUUUGCACAAACAACAUCAUACUUCACUGGUUGUUUCUCUGAUUAUUCAGUUGAAAAUUCUUCAAGACACUCUGGUGCUUCUGACAUUCGUCCACAAGAACUCGUAACUUUUGCUUCUGCAGAAGCCGAGACAUCUUCAUCUACUGAAAUUGAUCAUAUUUCUUCAAACAGAAACCAUUUAACAAGUGUUGAAUCAUCUAACACUUCUACUUCUGCGUCUGCCCAUGUGCAUGAUGAAAUCACAAUAACUGCUGGUGGAGAUCCAUUGCAAAAUGCCAGUGCGCUUGUUGAAUCAAAUAAUACUGGACAAAGUGGCAUUUCCAUUUUCAAAAGCCUGAUUGAUCGUGCUCGAAGAACUGUGCGUGGAUCUGCGGAUGAUAUAGGAUGGCUUCAACGUGCUCCAGGAAUGCCUCCAGUUGAAGAUGGAACUGAGAGGUUCCUGGAAAUUCUUGGCAAUAUAAAGCAUGGUGUUCACAAAUUGCCGAAUUCGGUGGUUUAUUUGUUAAUUCCAGGUCUUUUCAGUAAUCAUGGUCCACUUUACUUUGUCAAUACGAAAGUCAGUUUUUCAAAAUUGGGUUUGGCCUGUCAUAUUGCCAAGAUUCAUAGUGAGAGUUCAGUUGAGAAAAAUGCCAGAGAGCUAAAAGAGUAUAUUGAGGAAAUUUAUUGGGGGUCAAAGAAACAAGUUUUGCUUCUUGGUCAUAGCAAAGGAGGAGUAGAUGCAGCAGCUGCUUUAUCAUUGUAUUGGUCUGAUUUGAAAGAUAAAGUUGCGGGAUUGGCCUUAGCACAAAGUCCCUAUGGUGGUACACCUAUAGCUUCUGAUCUUCUGCGACAAGGACAACUUGGUGAUUAUGUAAAUGUACGGAAGCUUACUGAGAUUCUUAUCUGUCGAGUAAUUAAGGGUGACAUGCGAGCCUUAGAAGACUUGACAUAUGAAAGGCGGCAGGAAUUUCUUAAGGAGCAUCAUCUUCCAGAAGAACUCCCUGUUGUUUCCUUUCGCACUGAAGCUGGCAUUUCCCCUGCUGUUUUAGCCACGUUAUCUCAUGUUGCACAUGCUGAACUACCCUUGGUCGCGUCGGCAGGUGAAACCACAAAACUCCCUGUGGUGAUGCCCUUAGGUGCUGCUCUGGCUGCCUGUGCGCAGUUACUGCAAGUGAGGUAUGGUGAGAAGAGUGACGGGCUUGUGACGUGUCGAGAUGCCGAAGUUCCUGGAUCUGUUGUGGUCCGACCUACGCGUAAAUUGGACCAUGCUUGGAUGGUUUACUCGUCGCUAAAUGAUGACCCUGCUGAAGGAGAUGCAUCUCAGGUGUGUGAGGCUCUCUUGACUCUACUUGUGGAAGUGGGGCAGAAAAAGAGGCAUGACCUUGCUAUGAAAGAUGAAUGAAGCACACAAAUUUUGUUGUACCUGCCAUUUUAUUUUAUUUUAUUCUAUUUAUUUUUUUAUUUUUGCUAUUCUAGAAGAUAAAAAAAAGUUAGAAGCAGGACAUGGAUGAGAAUAUACAUAAGUAUAUGUAGCUUUCCUGUUGAGUAAAUCUAGCUCACGUGCUUUAUAUUUUUUUUUUCUUAACAUUGCCACCAAAAAUAUGGAGAGUCAAUGAUGGAUUGGGCAACAUGUCGAAUGAUAAAAACUUGUACUUGCUGUU